AUGCAACAUCGGGAGGAAAGGGUACUAGAGGGUGUCUUCGCAGUGUCAAAACCUGCAGGUGUCUCUUCUGCAGAUGUCCUCAAAAAGCUACAAGGCGCCUUCGCGUCGUCGCAGACUUUUGCCCCGCUUCUAAAGGAGCAACCAAAGAGGCCGAGCAAAGGCGAGGAGAAUGUAUUCAGGAUGGGACAUGGCGGAACUCUAGAUCCGUUGGCGGCAGGCGUCCUCAUCGUCGGUAUUGGUAGGGGGACGAAGCAAAUGCAACAGUAUCUCGCCUGCACCAAGAGCUAUGAAACUACCAUCUUAUUUGGCGCGAGUACGGAUUCGUAUGACAGCACGGGGGUUGUGACAGAGUGUGCUACCCAUGAACACGUUAACCGGGAACUGGUUACGAAGAAGUUGGAGCUGUUCAAGGGGAAGAUCAUGCAGGUUCCGCCUGUAUACUCCGCCCUUAAGAUCAACGGCAUCAAGGCCUGCGAGUACGUGCGCCUUGGCAAAGAACUACCAAGGCAGCUGGAGAGCAGAGAAGUACACGUUGAGGAUUGCGAACUCGUGGAGUGGUACGACGCCGGCGAACACGAGUUCAGAUACCCAGGUGAACAUUCGCCCGCUCCGGGUCCGGUAGCGCGUAUCAGGCUCACCGUGAGCUCCGGAUUCUAUGUGCGCAGCUUCGCGCAUGACCUUGGCCUAGCCUGCGAUUCGCGAGCGCACAUGGUGUCUCUCCUUCGCACGCGACAGGCAGAGUUCACCACCGAAAGCUCGGCUGAGGCUUCAGGGUUGGUGACUGCUUUGACGUAUGCCGACCUCGACGCCGGUGAAGUAGUCUGGGGACCUAAGCUCAAGCCUCAGUUGGAGAAAUGGGUCGAUGCCCAUCCGGUUGCCCGUGGGCAUAUCAAUGGGCGAGACCCUGACACAAAGUGCAAACUUGCCCAAGGGUUGGCUAGCCGGCCCAAGCAACGGUUUCGCGGUGAAUAUGUUGCAGAUAGCAAGAAAGAAAGGAUCAAGCAGCAAGGGGGAAAGUAUAAAGGGAAGUGGGGUCGAAAGCCAGAAAAGGAUCUGACCGGAACGGCUGGUAGUUCACCGUUAACCACUUAG